AUGUCUGCCACUAAAACUAUAACUACAGAAGAAGAAACAAUCCCUUCUCCGUCUACCAACAACAACAACACAACAAAAGAACAGCUAUCUUUAUUUACCUUUGGAUCAUCAACCACCACCACCACCAAUGAACAUCCAUCACCAAUCAGACCACCACCAAUUCCAUUCAACAACACAUCUCCAAAACAUUCAAUCUCAUCCAUAAUCUCAGAUGAUCAACCACAACGUAACUCCACCGCCACUGAAGAUGACUACUGUAUAUUUGAAAGAUCAGUUCAAGAUGCAUGCGUCUUCGACCCUGCCCUCAGAUCAGGCUCAAUCGUCUCAUUAGCCUCCAUCAACAACAACCAUAAACCAUCCAUCUCCACCCGUCCACGUUCAGCAACUACUGCUGGCACUCAUAAUUCAUCAAUCUCACUCACAACUGGUCAAUAUCUCAAAAAUGAAGAUUAUAUUCCUCCAGCAUUAGAUGCAACUGCCAGUCUUCUAUGUGAUCGGAAUUGUAAUUUAGAUGAUGUAGAAUUAGUCUAUUCACCUAGAAGAAAUUCUUCAUUGAUUGCAUUAAAUAUGGCACUUGGAAGAUCUUCAGUUCUGAGAAAAAAUUCCACAUUUUCAUUAUCAACUAAUGGAUAUACCCACAGUCAUCAUGGUAUGGAAGGAACGGGGAUCUUACCAAUGUCUCCAAGUUCAACUACUUCAAGUUCUCCACCUCCACUUGCUCCUGGAGUAUUACCUACUUCUAAAUCACAAUUGAAUUUUUAUUCCUAUGCAGAAAUGAUUAAUGAUGAUAGUGGGAAUUCAAUGAGAAGAAGACCAAGUUUUAAACAUGCUUAUUCUCAAGGGUUUAUCAAUCCUCCAAGACAAAGAACUCCAUCGGCAAUUUCUCCAUUCACAACCGCCACCAAACCAAAACAUCCAAAGAAGAGUGUUUCGGCUGGUAGUACGAAUAAACAAAAAUUCUUGAUUUCUCCAGAAUCAAGUGAUUCAGAAGUUGAAAUCGAUGCUAAGGUGAUCAAACCAAUUAGAAGCCGUACCAGUGUAAUUGCCGGUCCACUUUCUCCAAAUAGUGAUAAUGAGAGUUUGGUUUCUAGUUCGAUUGGUGAAUGUAUUAGACAAACUACUAAUGAAAUUAAUGGUCAUUAG